AAUAUCAGUUAGUAUUCGAGUGUCUGUCUGUUAGGAAACUUGCCAUAUACCGUUGUUGUAUAUUGUUUUAAAUUUCCGAACUAAUACACGUUUCCGACGGUUUAGUCCCUCAACAUUAAACGCCGCCAUCUUAUGAUUCAGCGUAUUAAGUUAUUUAAAAAAUAAUCAUAAUUAACGAGUGAAUUACUAACUAGAAUGCAAUUGCCAAUAUUAAACUACCAUUGUUCUUUAUAAUUGAAAAAAAUAAAAAAAAACAACAGCCUUGUGUGAGAACGAUAACUCCUUGAAACUUCUUGUGAUAAGCACUCUAUAUAACUACCACCUGUUUUAAACACGACUUAUCAAUUCAAUUGCAUCCGUUGAAAAUUGGAAUACAUUCAAAAAAGGGCUACCUUACUCCAUUUUGGAGUGAGCAAGUGAGCACCGUGCAGUGUAUUUAUCCAACUAUAGUAUUGAUUGAGAAAUAUACAAUUGAUCACAGGUUGAUGAUAAGAGAACUGUGAUAAAAUAAUAAUCCCCGGCUAUAGCUAUUAUAAUGUGACAACGACCUACAAUGCUAAACAAUCUAAAACAAUGGAAUGCACUUUCCCUAACAGUGAUUUGUAUAGUUUUAAUAUUUUCUAAGCGAAAUGUAGCAGCUGACCCCGAUCCCAAAUACCAAAUAGAAUACAUAGCAUCAACAAAUAAGUUAGAAUUUUCUGUUGGAAAUGAAGACUAUAUUCUACAAGGAGUUGUAUGUAAAAGUAUUCAGAACUCCUUCAAUGGAACCAAGUCAUGUGAAGGUUUAGAUCCAUGUGUAACAUACAUAGUAACCCUUUAUCUAACACCAGCUGACGAAAAUGAUCAAUCCAAUGGAAUUGAUCAAACAUUUGAUGUUAAUACAACUUAUGCAAUUCCUCAAGUGCAGAACCUCACAGUUCGUCCUGGUUCAGUAAACCUGGAUAUCAAUUGGGAUACAACUUACCGAACUUGCAUUGCUAAGUUUGAAUUAUCAGUUAAAACACCUAGCACAGUAUUCAACAGUGAACUUCAAAAUGACAAAGACAGUUUUGAAUGUAAAGAUUUGAAUCCUUGUCAAAACCAUUCUGUGCAGCUAAGGACAAGGAAUAUCUAUGGCGAUUAUGUUGGUGAUCUACUGCAACAAAAUGUUACAACCGAUUUUGUUGAGCCAGAAGAUGUGACUGAUAUUAAAGUUAUACAUGUUGACAAUGUUGCCGUUAAAGUCACAUGGGAAUCUCCAAAAUUUUCGUCUUGCAUCAAUAUUUUAUUCCUCAAAUGGUCAACCUUAGAAUGCAUUGAAGAGUUUAAAACCAAAGGAUUAUUUAAUCAUAAAGAUAACAAAGAGGAUGAGUGCAAGUGGAAAGAAAAAAAUAUAACUGAUGCUAACACAAAGGAGGUCACUAUUCAAGAUCUUGACGGCUGCGAAGAAUAUGGAUUGUUUUUCUAUAUAAACGAGAUACCAAAAGCUAAGUCGGAGUUAAAAACUUUCACAUCACCGGAACAAUUACCAGGACUUAUAGAAUACGGAAAGCAUAAAAUAAAUUCAACUGCAGUCACUGUUGUUUGGAAAUUGCCAAAACAAAAUAAAAAGUGUGUCGACGUUUACCACGUGUAUAUGACAGGACCAAUUCAAAAAGAUCCUGCAUCCCAAAACAUUUACCCAGCUAUAACAAAGGAAACAGUAACACAUUUCGAUAACCUCGAUCCAUGCGGAGAGUAUAAUAUAUCAGUCCAACCAUUUGGUCAUAAUGGAUUUCCUGGAAUAAAAGUUAAUUCUAGUCUAGUUCUUGAACAAGAUAAUCCUACACAGAUACGAAAUGUCCAGGUUGAUGCUCAAGCCAAGGAAAUACAUCUUAAUUGGGAUCCACCUGAAUUUGCUGAACUAUGUCUUGAAGGUUAUAGAAUUUCAGCAUGGACUGAUAUUACAAAUUCAAUUUUCGACAAAGAAAUCAAUGAAACGCAAAUUGUUAUAACUGAUCUUGUUUCUUGUCAAGUUUAUACGGUCCAGAUAAUUCCAUUUACAAAAUCUAAGAAAAGAGAUGGCAUUCCAGAGCAUAUUGAACAGAUAACAUCACCAAUGGUUGCUGCUCCACCAAAUCCUUUUCAAUCGACUUUAAUAGAAAGCCAUAGUAUUGAAUUGAGUGCUAGAGUAAAUGAUAAUGAUUAUUCGACUAACAAGUGUCAAACAUUAUUUGCUCGUUUUGUAUGUGAGACGGGAAAAAAUGUUCCAUUUACGAGUGUAGUUAAAUAUGUUGAAGGAAGACUUGGAGAUGUUAGUUUUAAAGCUACAAUGUCACCGAUGUCUCCAUUUACCGAAUACGUAUGUAAAGUGGAUUUAUUCAAUACGGCAGGAUGGUCGAAUUUCACCCAAGGUGUUUUUGCAACAGACAAAUAUUAUCCUGAAUUACCUACCAAUAUCACAGUGAAAUUUCUUAGCACAAACGUUCUACAAUUCCAAUGGGCCCCACCAAUUUAUCCAAAUGGUAACAUCAACAUUUACUACUUGUACUUCCGUCACAUGCAACCAGCUUAUUAUAUUCCUCCACAUUGUAAAAUAUCAACCUUCGAACCGAAGAACUUCGAAACAUCUCGUUUAGAAGCUGAGUUUUCCACUCUACAACCGUUUUCAUAUUACAGUGUUCAAAUAGCUGCACAAAACGAUUACGGAACUGGUGAUUAUACAUUGCCAGUGUUGGCAAGAACAUUACCGUCGGUAUCUGAUCCUUUGACUUAUUUCAUGGUGACAGCUAUUAAUGGUCCUGAUGUGAAUUCGACUACUUAUAAGGCAAAUGUUGCACUUAAAUGGCUAAUGCCAUGCAAAGCUAAUGGAGAAAUUGAAGAGUUUUUGUUGGAAUUUAUUGGUAAACGUAGUAGCACUCAUUCUCCUGUUCAUUUUUCUCGUAGAGUGGAGCCUGUUUUUGAUGGAACAGGAUACAUGAACUUCAUAGAGACAGAUUUAUCUCCGGAAUAUCAGUAUGAUGUUACAAUAUCAGUUAGGAAUAAAGAUGUUCUUAAGACUAGUGAAGCAAAGCUACUGACUUUUGAUUCUCCAGCUGGAAUUCCUGAUAAAAUAGAAGAUAUAAGCGCGGCAAAGGUAAAUCCUUUUGAUGCCAGCAAUCCAACAAGUUCGGCAGUUGUACGAUUUUCUGCUGAUCUACUUAAUUCUGAAGCAGGAACCAUUCAAUAUGCCGCUUUACUUCUAUCACAAAAGAAUUGUAAUCCAGAGCCUAAACUACUUGUUGGAGCUUUAGAUAGCUCCAAUGAAUGGCCAGAUUCUGAAUCUUGGACAGAUGCCUACAGCAAUGCCGAUUGCAUUAAGCAAUACCAAACUACUCCAAUUCGAUGGCAACCAAUUCAACCAAGAUCUGGCAAUAUUAUUGAGUAUACAGUUGGAGCUGAGUCUUGCAGUAACAUAAGCAAGCGCUAUUGCAAUGGUCCCUUAAAGCCAGAUACAGAAUAUCAAAUGGUAAUUCGAUUAUUUACAAAAUCAAGUUUUAGUGAUGCGGGUGUUUUGGAAUUUAAAACUGAUUCCCUUAUUAAGUUGGCUCUAAUAUGGAUAUCAAUUAUAAGUUGCCUUUUCGUAGCUUUUAUUGGUGGAUUUUUGUAUCUUUAUAUAACAAAGAAGAUUAUUUGGCACAGAGAAUCAGGUCAUGGCAUUGAAGAUUCAUUUGGUGAUAUAACAUCAAAGAAUUUUGCAAUUUUCUACAAUGAACUAUCCAAACGGGAUAAAUUGCAGAGGGAAUUUAAGGAAUUAACAGUUAUUGCAACGGAUCUUAGUUUCUCAGCAUCAGAGACUAAUGAGUACAAAAAUCGUUACAGAGACAUAUUUCCAUAUGACAAGAAUCGGGUAAUAUUAGAUAUUGAUGCAGAUGGAAAUGACUACAUUAAUGCCUCAUUUAUAAACGGAUAUCGACGGAAAAAAGAGUACAUAGCUACACAAGGUCCAAAACAGGAGAGCAUAGUCGAUUUUUGGAGAAUGGUUAUACAACACAAUGUGAAGAUAAUUGUUAUGGUUACACAAUUCAAAGAAGAAGACACGGUAAAAUGCAAUCACUAUUAUCCAUAUGAAUGGAAAAAUAUAAAAGUAGAAGUUACAAAAGAAGAUUCAUUUGAUCUUUACGAUCGAAAAGAAAUGCUAGUUACGCAUGCCCAGCAGAAUAUACGUCACAAAAUUAUUCACUUUUACUUUAAAAUGUGGCCAGAUCACGGGGUUCCAGCAGAUCCAAUGAGCUUAAUAACAUUUGUUCGUAAGGUCAAGGCUGAAAAAUGCCCCAGUGGGUCACCAAUAGUAGUUCAUUGCAGUGCCGGAGUUGGUCGGACGGGUACGUUCAUUGGACUUGACAUUAUUAUGCAACGUGUUAAAAGCGAGAGUAAAAUUAAUAUUUUUGAAACCGUAAAAGGACUUCGAUUUCAACGUAUGAAAAUGGUUCAAUCAAUGCAGCAAUAUUCGUUCCUAUACACGUGUGCUUUUGAAUUGGUUAAGCACAAACGAGGCAAAUAUGUUCUUAAAAAUAAAAAGAAAGUAAGCUUUGAGAAUGAUCAGGAUACAGAUUUGGGAACUAUUCCAAAAGUCAGUAUAAUGGAUGCAGAUAGUGGAAAAAACUAUGAGACGAAAGAUUUGGAAAGUGUCAUAUAAAUAAUUUUGUGGUUAAUUUUCUUUGAGAAAAAAAAAAUAGUGCAAUAACUUACCAAAGCUUUUAUAAAAACUUAAAAAAACGGGGAGCUGAAAUGAGUAUUAUUUAAAUAAAAAAAACUUGUUAAAUGUUUACACAUGUUAAUAAAUUUUAUAUGUUGUAUACUUGAUACAUUUUACUAAUUUUCCCCGCCUUAGUUGUUAUCGUAAUAACCCCAAAAAAUAUAAAUACAAAAAUAAAAAUCUGAACCAACAAUGGCUUUCUAAGGCGGGGAAAAUUAGUAACGGAUUCU